CUAGCUUGGCGCUAAAGCCUAGGUGGUGGCGACAGGUCUAAAAGGUCCUAGAAGGCCAGGGUUCUAAAAGAUGGAAUUCCUGGCAAGGCGCUUGAUUUGAAAGAAUCUAGAGGUGGAGAGCCCACUUCCUCAGAGGGUAGCAGGUUCCAUAUCCUAAAAGAUCUAGGGAAAAAAGAAUAACUAUGCACAAGAAUACUGGAUUGUACCUGCCUAUUAUGGUAGGGAUCACUUGGUUGAUCUUGGAUCGGACAGGACACAGGACGGGAAUUUAACUUUUACAUAAAACUGUUUGCGGAUUUUAUAGACUAGCGCUAGCGACCUGCGUACUUUGAGGGUAAUGUGUUUGAUUUGUCCUUGUUUUCACAAGUCCCUCGUUAACCGGACCUAGUUUUUACAUAUACUCAUAGCAUACGGAUAAAACGUAAAUAUAUAUUGCAUACGGAUAAAACAUACAUAACACAUAAUACGGACGUAAAACGUGCAUAUACGCAGCAUACGGGUGAAAUUUCAUGUACACGGCAUGCGGGAAAAACUUGUUGUCCCUUCUUGUGACUUCUUUAGGCAUUCGCCAUGACAUCAAAACGGGCGAGUAAGUACGCAGCUGCUUUGUCUCCUAUUAUCUUUGUUCUACAAAGGAGUUCUUUUGUCUCUAUUCUUCUCGUUCUUUGUGUCGAGGUGCGGAUAUUGUUCAUUUGCCCAAUCAAAUUGCAGCUUGCAAGAGCUGCGUAGUUACCCAAACGGGCGCAAACAUAAUCUUGUGGGAAGCCCGUGGAAAUAGCUUAUGGUAAUUGUGAUAAACAGCGAACUUAAAAAAUCGCUGUGAAACAGUCACAAAUCGAAUUCAUCGCUGAUGAAUCAGCGGUUUUUGCAAACUUCAGAGUAGCUGACGCAAUUCGUGCGUCACACCAGGGAAACCUGUAGAUAGAGAUGUGACCAUGCACUCAGCAUGACAUCGCGCACACGGGCAGAACCCACUUCUAUAACGAUCUUCGCCGAUACGCGCACCAGCUUCAUAAGAAUAUCCCAGGCAAUCACAAAAGAUUGUAUUAAGAACAUAGUGGUUUAUAACAUAUAUUUAGAUUACUGGAGUCAUGAAAUACUAUGGAAGACGAAUACGAAAAAAAAUGCGGGCUGACAGAGACUAAAUUUAAUUCCGAUGAAAACCCCAACAAAGACACCGGUAUAGGGCUGCCUGCAGCGUGGAUUCCGACAUUGCGGCUUCACAGAAAAUAAUUCAACCGCCUAAUUACCACAACACACUGCGGUAAAAAAACGGCUACGCACUUAAUAAUGCGGGAAAUUAUACUUAUCACUAGCUAAUCGCUGUAGAACACAUUUGAGAGUCAAAGAAAGAUAUUCUUAGUUAGACCGGCGGAUCGUAGCAUCUUGGCAAAUUACCUGCAGACUUCAAGAUUUGUUUGACAUGCAAGGCCCUACCAACGGCUCAAGCCCAUCAUUGGACCCUCUGGGGAGGGGUAAGGCACAGAUUGUUCUUGAAGUUAGCCUGGCAGUUCUGAUGUGUGUGGUGUCAGCGGUAGGGAACAUUCUGGUGCUAUGGGUUAUCCGCGUGACCAACAGCUUACACACAGUCACAAACAUGUUCAUUCAGAAUCUCGCCUGCAUUGAUUUGCUCAUCACGUUACUUCAAAUACCGCUUUGGACAGUGUCGCUGUACUACGGUGAAUGGACUAUAGGGGAUACCCUCUGCAAAUCGAGUGCGUUUGUUUUCUACAUGCUCUCCAAUGCAGCACUGUACAAUCUGCUCAUGAUCGCCCUGAAUCGCUACGUCCGAGUCGUCAAAUACGAUCAUUAUCAAUGCGUGUUUGGAUUGAAAAAAGUCCCUUAUGCCAUGAUUGCAGUCACGUGGAUUUUACCUCUGGUCACGUGUUCCGGCCCGCUGUACGACUGGGGCGAGUUUCGUUUCUAUGCCAACGCGUCGAUGUGUACGUUAGAGUGGUCUUCACGCCACUGGCCUUAUUAUGUGUUCAUGCUUGCUCUACAGCCAUCUCCGUACAUUAUAGUGUACUGUUAUUUCGAGAUCUACACACGCGUGCGGCAAAACCGUAUUCAAGUCUGCAGCCGUAAAAAUCGCGCAGCUUGCCAAAGCGCUUCUGACGCUGAGAACCAGACUAUGAUAGUCGCCUUUAUGAUCAUUUGCGUUUUCGUGACAUCUUGGCUGCCAGCGGUGAUCAUCGCGGCGCUGGAAAUCGCGGGAGUUAGGACAGACCGCUGGCUUGCAGCACUCUCGUCGUACAUGGUGUUUGUAUCUACGUGUCUCCAUCCUGCCAUAUAUGGACUGCUGAACCCGCCUUUUAGAAAGGCGUUCACACGGCAGUUAAAGCGUCAUAGUCUCGAUACUGGGGAUCCCAAGACUGCGACAGGGAUAUCUAUGGGAUGAGGCAGCUUAAGCUUCAUAGUAAAGGGACGGGGAAGUCCCCGGUUUUGACAGGGAUAUCUAUGGGAUGAGGCAGCUUCAUAGUAAGGAGACGGGGAAGCCGCCGAUUUUGACAGGGAUAUCUAUGGGAUGAGGCAGCUUCAUAGUAAAGAGACGGGAAGCCCCCUAUUUUGACAGGGAUAUCUAUGGGGGGAAUCCUCGAAAGUGACAGGGGCAUAUCCAAUCUUGUUUUGAAAACUGUUCUAGCUCCAUCGGACAAUUCCUUAUCAGUACAUUGUAUGCCAUAUUUGUCGCCUUAGAACUGAGUACGUCCAUAAUUUCCCGUAUUACUUGCUAGAGUAUGUGUUUACUACGGUUUUACAGGCAGCUAGUUUGGAAUCAGCCCAGGCCCUAGCGUUUUUAGAACAUCACAGGUUUACCGCGCGAUAUCUAGCCCCCGAGUACGACAGGGGUAUUUAGCCAAUAUACGGGGGAGCCUUUUAAUACGAGAGGUGUAUCUAAGGGAUAAUGUCAUAGCCCAUGUGACAGGGGUAUUUAGCCAUUAUACGGGGGAGACCACGAGUACGACAGGGGUAUUUAUGGGUGAUGCCACAGAGAUAGUCUAAAGGGGGGCCUGGAAACAGGUUGCAUAGGUCAUAAUGGGAUUUUUAACAUCAGUUUGAUAUAAUAAAAGCCGUCAAUGAUUUCUCGUUUUAUCAGUAA